AUGGAUCAUUCCUUAGAUCUACGCCUUCAAGUCACUAACACCAGUCUUGCAGCACUCAGCUCUUCAGCCAUAGAUACUAUCAAUUUUGCUAUUGACACUGCCUCUAAUUCCGCCUCGACUUAUACGACACCGCUUAAAUCAAUCGAGGCAAGUCAAGCUGCCACAGUAGAUAGUCAGGCCAUUUUCUCUGCGACUAUCGGUUUGGCUGCCAGUUUGGGAGCUCCUCGUCCUCUCGAUGAGAUCACCGGCUUCGAGAGCGGUGUCAGUCUGGACCGCGAGUCAAAUGUAAUCGUCUUGACGGGCUUGCGAGGAGUUUAUGCGGUGGCUCUCCAAUGCACCGAGGAAAUGUUCAAGUGGGCCGAUCAA